AUGUCCCGAUCCGCCGCAGACGCAACGCGGUUCACAGCGACGGGCCCCUACGCCAGCUCCAAAGCCAGCGGCAAGCCGUACAAUCUCCCCGACUCCAUUCAAUCGAAGAAUAACACCGCCACGUCACACAAUGCAAAUGCACCAAACCAAUCUACAGGCCCGGAUGGGAAACCCGAAUCUCCCCGGGAGAAGGUCGAACGGCUGCGGGCCCAGGCGCGUGCGAACCGCAUGGUGAAGGAGUCGCUCGUGGACCGCUGGGUAGCUUCGGGACAGAAAGUGGCGAAUAAAGCGCACAAGGGGAUGGUGUAUACGUUAAUUGCUGCAACGGGCAUCUGCGGCGUCCUAACAGUCUACUCGAUGGUCUCAUUGACGCUAUACAACCGCCGCCAAAAGAAACUGUGGAUCGAACGCGAACUCGAAUUUCUCAAGCAAGCACGCAUCGCCUACGCGGCUGGCACGGCGACCCCGGAGCAGAUCGAGAUGGUCAAGAACGAGGAAAUCGGCGCAAUCUAUAAACAGAAGAAGGAAGAGGAGAAGGCGCAGCGCCCGUGGAACAAGGCGAAGCGGUUUCUUGCCGAGAGAUUGGGUGGGGAGGAGCAGGAUUCUGGUGUGAUUGCUGUGGGUGCGACUACUGCCGCCGUCGCUGCUGGAGAGGAUGCCAGACAGACUGGUGCGGGUGUGAUGGAUGCUGUCAAUGCGAAGAGGGCUAUCGAUGCGGCGGCGUCGAAGACGAAGACCUACGCGCCGGGCCAGUUGGAUGUUAUGGCUCAGAACGCGGAGCGCGCAGCCCAAGAGUCGACAAAGGGAUGGGUCAGCUGGUUGACGGGGCGGUAG